CGGUCAAUAGUUCCGAGACUUAAUAGUUUUCUUACCCCAGUUUCCUUGUCUCUCCCUAAAAUGGCACACAUAUGUUCCCGCCAGUUUUCCCUUGUUUUGAAUUUGAUAAAUAUUUCUUGAAAUUCUUUAGAAAUCUUUGAAUCUAUUGAAAAACAAAAUUGCAUAAAUUAUUUGAAUGGAGCAUCAAAACUCGCAAUCUUUUGUCUCUCAGUCACAUUUCUAUGUAUCACUUCUCCAAGACAGCUUGAAAUCGAAAGACCCAUUUCCCAUAAAGUUAAUCCAUGGCCGUAUAAUCAAAUCAGGCAUCCAUUUAAGUGUUUUCCUUAUGAAUAAUCUCAUAAAUGGUUAUGCGAAAACCGGGUUUUUAUCGUAUGCUCGUAAAGUGUUUGAUGUAAUGCCUGUGAGAGAUACUUCUUCUUGGAAUACACUUUUAUCUGGUUAUUCAAAAGGGGGUUUAAUUAAUGAAGCACAUUCGAUAUUUAAGGAAAUGCCUUAUCGGGAUUCUGUUUCGUGGACUACUAUGAUUGCUGGGUACAAUUUCGUUGGUCGUUUUCAGGUUGCAAUUCAGAUGUUUCUUGAGAUGGUUAGUGCAUCUGAUGUUUUGCCGACACAGUACACAUUUACGAGUGUUUUUGCGUCGUGUGCUGAGAUUAGAGCGUUAAACGAGGGACGGAGAGUUCACUCCUUUGUUGUUAAAUUUGGGUUGAGUAGUUAUGUUUCUGUGGCGAAUUCUAUGUUGAAUAUGUAUGCUAAGUCAGGGGAUAGCAAUGCAGCUCAAAUGGUUUUUGAUGGGAUAGUAGUGAAAAACACGUCGAGCUGGAAUACGUUGAUCUCAUUGUAUAUGCAGACUGGUCAGGUGGAUUUAGCAUUGGCGCAAUUUGAGCAAAUGAAUGAGCAUGACAUAAUUUCGUGGAACUCAAUGGUUACGGGCUAUAAUCAGCGUGGCUUUGACGUUCUAGCUCUUAAUAUGUUUUCUAAAAUGCUUAAAGAAUCGUCACUGGAACCUGAUAGAUAUACUUUAGCCAGUGCUUUAUCAGCUUGUGCUAAUCUUGGGGAACUAAAUGUAGGAAAACAAAUACAUGCUUAUCUUGUCAGAACUGAAUUCAACACGUCAGGAGCUGUUGGAAAUUCUUUGAUUUGCAUGUAUUCCCGAAGUGGUGGCGUAGACAUUGCUCGAAGAAUUUUAGAGAAAAAUAGAGAGUCCAAUCUAAAUGUAAUUGCAUUUACAGCACUACUGAAUGGGUACAUAAAGCUUGGUGAUAUAAAUCCAGCAAGGAAGAUUUUUGACUCAUUGAAGGACCGCGAUGUAGUUGUUUGGACGGCGAUGAUUGUUGGUUAUGUUCAAAAUGGCUUUAAUGAUGAUGCAAUGGAACUUUUUAGGUUAAUGGUUAAAGAAGGGCCAGACCCGAAUAAUUAUACUCUAGCAGCAAUGUUAAGUGUUUGUUCAAGCGUGGCAUCGUUAAAUCAUGGUAAGCAAAUCCACUCAGCAGCCAUUAAGGCAGGGGAAGCGUUAUCAGUUUCUGUUAGCAAUGCCCUGAUAACUAUGUAUGCCAAGGCUGGAAAUAUCAGCUGCGCAAGGAGAGUAUUUGAUUUGAUACACCUGAACAGAGACACGGUCUCUUGGACUUCAAUGAUCUUGGCUUUAGCUCAGCAUGGACUUGGAGCUGAAGCCUUACAAUUGUUUGAGAAUAUGCUUGCACUUGGGAUGAAGCCUGAUCAUAUAACGUAUGUUGGUGUUCUUACUGCUUGCACACAUGUAGGAUUGAUUGCUCAAGGCCGUAGUUAUUACAAAAUGAUGAAAGAGAUUCAUGGAAUUGAACCGACAUCAAGCCAUUGUGCUUGCAUGAUUGACCUCUUUGGUCGUGCUGGAUUGCUAGAAGAAGCACAAGACUUCAUAGAAAAUAUGCCUAUCGAACCAGAUGUGAUCGCAUGGGGUUCGCUUUUAGCAUCUUGUAGAGUUCACAAAAAAAUGGAGCUAGCAAAAGUUGCAGCUGACAGAUUGCUUUCAAUUGAUCCCGAAAACAGUGGGGCCUACUCAGCACUUGCUAAUGUGUAUUCUGCUUGUGGAAAAUGGGCGGAAGCUGCUAAGAUCAGAAAAUCAAUGAAGGAUAAACAGGUCAAGAAAGAACAAGGAUUUAGCUGGAUUCAAAUAAAAAACGUAGUCCACGUCUUUGGUGUAGAGGACGGGCUUCAUCCGCAGAGAGAUGCUAUUUACAAGACAAUGGAAAAAAUCUGGAAAGAUAUCAAAAAGUUGGGAUUCAUUCCUGACACCGAGUCAGUGCUUCAUGAUCUUGAUUAUGAGGUGAAAGAGCAGAUUCUUAGACAUCAUAGUGAGAAGCUUGCAAUUGCAUUUGGGUUAAUAAAUACCCCGGAGAAAACUACUUUAAGGAUCAUGAAGAACCUUCGAGUAUGUAAUGAUUGUCACUCAGCAAUCAAAUUUAUCUCCAAGCUCGUAGGGAGAGAAAUCAUUCUGAGGGAUGCCACUCGUUUUCACCAUUUCAAAGGAGGUUUCUGCUCAUGUCGUGACUAUUGGUAGGUCAUGAACCAAAUUUUAUCUAAAAUUCCACAUUGGAGCGUCUGGACAAAAUUCGAACGGAGGUUUGAGAAACUCAUACAUAAAGGUAAACAUUACUACCAAGUAUGGUGGUGCUGUAUAACUUUGUCAUCCUGUCAGUAGCUCCUCAGAGCGGCUUUGUGGUAUACAACAACAAUAACAAAAUACACAGUGUAAUUCCACAAGUGGAUCUGGGGAAGGUAGAGUGUACGCAGACCUUACCCCUGCCUUGGUAGGUAGAGAGUCUUUUCCGAUCAGAGUGGCUUUGUGGUAUACGUAAUAAAUUGUAAAAUAAAAAAAAAAUCAAAUAUUUUUGUAUAUUCAUCAUUUACAGACUCAAAUGUUAUCUUGGAGAACUGCUUCUGCAUGAUUCCACACGACUAAUCUCUUGGAUGAACUAUGGUCUCUCCUUCAUCUCUCAGUACACCAAGUCAGAUGUAGAAUACAUGAUUUCCCUUUGCUGUUGCUCUAGUUUGUGGCUGCAUGCAGAAGGUAGAGCAGGUCAUUAUUCUCAGAUGACUCUACUGACAUUUAUCUCAUUGUUAGGGAAGUGGAUGGUGAACCAAUAGCGUAGACGAGGUUUGAGGAAACCUGAUUCACACUU